ACUCAUUCAAAUUGGAUGCAGAGAAUGGUGCUGGUGCCGAGUUGAUGAAGGAAAAAAAAUAAACCUACAUGUAUCAUUGUGCUUGGCUUUGAUUGAGUUUCUGCUUCAUCAACAUCAGCAUGACCUCAGAUGACCUUUGAAUAGUGCAUUGACCCAUAUCCUGAACCUGAUAGUCAAAUGUUUGUCAAAUCCAUGUGUCUCUCAUUCUCUAUCCCUGGAUGUAUGGAUUAGCUCUGGAUUUAAUGGGGGGAGGUCAGAUUCCCUAUCAGGCUAAAGGAAGUUGAGAUCUGUUGCAUUUGGCUACAGAAGUACUGGGGGAAGAUCGCAAUCACUGGAAAUUACUCCUAAAUUCUUUGCAAACAGCUCAUGCCUUGUGUGCCUUCCUGUAAUGCUACAAACAUGCACGGUUGGAAUAUUAGAGAACAUAGCUAGGGGCUGCUGCUGCUUGCAUGCCUUUGGCCUAUGAACACAUAUGUUUAUCUACCCUGUUUACAGCUGAGCGUUACAUAUGCUGAAGUUCAAGUAGAGUUGAUUACCAUGGAAGCGAAGAUGUAAUCUGCGUAUAACAUAGAUCUGGAGUAAUGUAAUAACAGACCUAAUCAGCAAGUUUUGAGGGGCAAGAUGCUGUUUUCAUAAUUGGGCCAAGUAACCGCAUAUCAUCAGCUAUGUUUGUUGGAGGAAACGCUAAUUUCCAAUAAACUCAUCAAGUUCUGUGCAAGUGCACUUUAACUUUUAGUAGGACAUCACAUUACGAGGCUACCCAUGAACUGUUAUGUUUGGAUGCUCACACAUACAUUUGACAUACUUGCCACAAAAGUACAUCUCUAGCAGCCUGACCUGGGAUUACGGGACAUAAAAGAUCAAUUUUGUAAGGAAUCCCUCCCCAUUACCUCUGCCCUGUUGACCCAUUGUGGCAUGUUGUUGCUAUGGCGUGGUGUUUGGUUGCCAACACGGGAAUGCUGCACAUCCUACAGCAGGAUUUGAUGUUGAUUGGUCGAGACCAGUGUGACAUCUCCAUCCAGUCUCGCAGUGUAGACAAACAGCAUUCAGUGAUUGCCUAUGACCAGGUUGACGGGUCGCAUUCCAUAAAGGACGUUGGAAGUCUCAACGGGACGUUCGUGAAUGAUUCGAGGAUUCCAGAGGAGACCUACAUCCAGUUGAAGAAAGGCGACUCCAUCCGGUUUGGAUAUGAUCCCAUAACCUAUAGGUUUGACAGUCUACAGCUAGAUAAUAUAUCAGUGGUCAAGGACCAAGAAGGCUUUAUCAAGCAGGAAAUGAAUGAUUUGAGGGACUAUUAUUAUGAAGUAGAGGAAGAUGAGGAGUAUGAGGAUGCGUUCUUGACGAGGCAGAGCCCACCGGAUUACAACCAGUCCCUUCGCAGGGCAAUGCAGAAGAGAAAUGCCAAGGAAAGCAGGAAUACAUACGGCAAGCAAGCUAGCUUACAAGAUCAUCGACCAACAUCCCAUGGUUCUCCCUUGUAUGGUCAACCAGCAUGGUGGGGUGAAAGUGAAGAUCCUUCACCUGAUGGUAGUAGUACUUCACCGGACGACCUGAGACCAAGAGCUGAUACUUACUCAACUCAAGGUUCAUCAGACGACAACCACACGCUAGAAUCACCGUCCCCUCACGAGCGACCUUCCAGACUUCCUUCCAACGUGCCCGAACGGGACAUCCCCGUCGUAAUCUACAACCGCUCUGACCGCCGUCCCGUCCAUCAAGAGACUCCGCCCCACCCCCAGCCCCAGGCGGAGAUAACCCUGAUGGCGUCGAGUGAGAAGGCCAUCGGCUUCACCAUCGACUUUGGGAGCAACGAUGAUGCUGCCCCGAAGAUGGCGAGGCCAGACAGCCUCCAGAACUGCAUUCCACAGAAUGUGAGGCAGAAGAUAGAGAAGAGCACACGUAUGAUGGAGGAGCUCAAGGCAGAGAGAUUGAUGAAGAAAAGCCAGGAGGAGGAAGCAGUCAUGCAAAGCCCCAGGGCUUCUCCGCUGUCUUCAAGGACAGAUGGAUGGUCUGGGGUUGGACAAGGAGGACGUAGAACUCCCAAAGGUACACCAGAGACUCCAUCACCAGGAUAUCAAGGAGAUGUAAAUUUCCAGCAAAUGCAGCGCAAGAACAAGAGCUCCAAUUGUCUUUCAGAACCUCUCCCUCCAACCAACCUUCGCCAAAGAACUUUUGUCAAGUCCAGUCACAAAUCCAAGCCCAACCAGGGCUCGCCAAGCCCAAUCACAGCGGUCAGUCCUGGGAUAGACACUGAAGAGGACUCCCAGUACCAGGAUGAUGUGGAAGGUGAGGUGGAUGGAGGAGGAGGGGAUGACGUCAGUGAGACAGGAACCUACACCAUCGAGAGUGACUCCCAGUCCAAGGAAGUCCAGGAGGCCAGGGAGAGGAUUGAUGAGGAGUUUGGGGUCGAGAUCGAGGAAAAGGUACCCAGUGAUGAUGAUACGGACAAGGAUGUAGGGGAUGAAGAGAUGGAGGAGGAGGAGGUGUUUACAGGAAAACAAAAUGGUGGAACCAGACUGGAUAAAGUAGGACCCGGUUUGAGAGUCAGAGGAGAUGGAAGUAGCAGGACAGCAGUUGAUAAAAUUGAUGAUAUUGAAGGAAAGCAUAAAGGUGGACCAGGAACUCCACAGUGGGUUCAGCAGUGGGCUACCAUGACCACCAACUCUGCCCUCCCAACAGAGCAGCACCUGCCACCUGACAGGUUAGCAUCACCUGACAGACAUGGGUCACCUGACCAAAUCAUCGAUGGCUAUGAGGCUGAACAAUCUUCCAGGAUUACUGACAGAGAUGAUCAUCUGAGCAAGAAGCCACCAUCAGGUACCAGAGUGCAAACAUCUACACCCAGGACAGCACCUCUCCAAUCACCGGAUUCUUCCAGUCCAAGAGGAUCUAGAGGGAAACGUAUUCUGCCAACGACGCCUGCCGAGAAGCUUCAGACUGUUCGGCAGUCCUCCACGUCCAGCAGUUCUGAGCAUACCAUGAGACAAAAUGGCUUUCAGGCCUCCAAUUCCAGUGCCUUUCACAGCCCUAGAAACCGUGCCAUAGAACAGCAACAGCAGCAAGAACAGCAACGCUAUCUGCAAGACAGAGGCAUGGAGGAAAAGGCUUUUGGAAAGAGGAGACAGCUUCAUGGUAGCUCUGAUCCUAUCGUUCCAAUGGGUUACCAGGAAGAGGAGGCACGGAGAGACUCUUGGGGGCCAGAGGGAAGCAUGGAUACUGAUGUCCUUUUGAAAGACACUGAGACCUUGAUGAGGAAUCUUGAAGAGAGGAUGCGGACAAAGCGUCAGGAUACUCCAUCUCCGGAGAUGUCAGACUCUCAUGAUAUGCCACAUGAUAUAUCGCAAGAUAUCUCUGUAGUGUCAUUUGAAGCAGAUGUAGAUACUGAUGUUGAUACUGCAAGUAAUGUGAGUUUAGUUGGAGGAAAUAACACAUGGGCAGGAAGUAAGAGCAGGCACUACUCUUGUCCUGAGGAUAAUACCACAUCCGAACAUUCACAUUAUACUAAUGGAAGGCAGAAGGUUGCCAGAAGUGUAGAAAAGCCAAGAACAACUCAAGCAGAUACACAGAAUAGAUCAAGUGGAAAUAAAACUGCUCCUGCACCAGCUAAAGGUGGUAUAUGGAGUAGGCUGUCCACACCUAACAAACACAAGAUGCAGCCUGCAGAGAAAGAACCUGAAUCUGUAAGUGACACUGAACAUUCCUUCAGAAGAAACACUCACCUGACAAGUUCAUUACCUACAGGCAGGAUAUCAAACCGAACGGUAUCAAGAGGAACGUCAGAAAAUACCAAAGCAGUUAAAAAGCCCAAAAGUCUCAAACCCCCACCCAAUUUAUCACAGCCACGCCAAACUCGUAGCACCAUGUUACGCAAGAGUAGAUUCAGUGAAGACUCUGGCGCUGACCACAGUGACAUCAGUCCCAGUUCUAGCAUGUCAGAUCUGAGCUCUUCCAAAAACUUUCGGCGUGGUGGAUCAAUGCGAGAAACCCGUAGUGGGGCUGUCUCUGAUUCAGGUCGACGCACACCAGUGGAAAGAGGUAGGGGGAGAACUUCUGCAUCUAGUGCCAGGAAUGGAGACUCAAGUGCAAGGACAGACCAUAGUCUUGGAUCCCAGAUUGCUCGACAUGCCCGCACCCAGUCCAUACAGGAUCAGAAAACAAAGACUGCAGAGCCAAGGUCACGUCUUCCAACUUCUGCGUCCCACAAUCGCACUCCAUCUGGGAACUUAUCCCGCAAAAGUUCUAUUGGAUCAACAGACAGUAAUGUCAGUGGUGUCAGGAAAACUUCAUCGGGUGCCUGGAGAAGGUACGACACGGCGGAUGACUCGGACCAUGAUGUAGACAACUACAUCAAGAACGUCAGUACUCGUCGCACAACAACACAGAACCACCAGAGCGAGGAGAGGCAGCAGGCACCAGUCAUCCAGAGGCAGAAGUCCAGUUCCUUGCAGAACCUUCAGUCCUCUCCACCAAGGACAUCACCAACGAGGAAACCACCCAAUCUGCGGGUUGAGAUUGCUCAGGCCAGUAACACCUUAGCUCAGAACCUUCAAAGGUUAGCUCAGGGAGAAUCCAUCAAUGAGAUUCAAAUAGACAGGAUUCCAAAAGAACAGCUCAUAUUUCAUUUUGUGCAAAUGAUGGAUGAGUUAUUGAGUGAAGAUUCAGUUCAUCUUAACAGACAGGAUAUAUGGCAAGGUGAACGCUUUCAUCCCCAGGUACCCCUUCAAAGGUCAUCUUCACUCAGCUUUCAACCAGAUCAAACAUCCCAAGGAUUAGCAGGAAGUCCACCUAUUCACAUCAAGAAGAAACCAUUCAAUAAAUCUGAGUCUGCGAAUGACUUGAUCGUUGUGACCAAGAGUCAGGAACAGGACUGUGUAUCGUUUGAUAGUCUUGUGUUAUCAUCCAUCCAUCACUUGUCUAUCAAGAUGAAAGAUUCUGCCGACAAAAUUGCCUACAAACUGAAGAAGCUGCAGCAGCCAGGGGCCAGUGAAGAUGAGUUGUCGAAAGUGUUAAGAGACAGCGAUUUUCCUCUCCUCAAAACCAACAACAAGGAGAUAGCUGGUAUCCUCCAAAACCUGCGGAAGAUGGAGAAACGACUGGAAGAAAUCCAUGGCAUGGUGGAUCCUCGGAAUGAGAUCAAGCUUCCUGAACAACUCUCUCCAGUCAAUCAAAUGAGGCGACAGUACGCCACAGAGUUUAACUUUGCUACUGUUUCUGACUCUGAGGCACCCUUACCCAUGACAACAAGACACAUUGGUCGUGCCCCAGUCAACACUAACCUUCAGAGGCAGAGGCACACUCAGCAGCAGCAGCAGCAGCAACAACAACAGUAUCAAGAACAUGAUGAAGAAGAAUAUUAUCUAUAAGGUUUAUCUUAAACCCAACGGACUUCAUGACAAUGACAAAGAGACAUGUCUUUGUUGUCACUGAUUCGUUAGAUGGGAGUCAGAAACAUUUUAAGAACAAGAUAAGGAAGGGUAUUAUGAGCAGUAUUGAUCUGAAUUCCCAAAGACUUCAUGGUGACACAUUUCAGAUCACAGUUACAUUUAGAUUAAGAGGCUCCAUGGCACGAAACAUGUCUACUUUGCCCAGCCCUCGUCUACAAUCUAACAAGGAUGGGUAUCAUUACAUGUAUGUCUGAGUUUCUGAGACCCUUUUGGCCAACAAGUGCAAAACUAUUAAAAAGAGUGUGAUUUACUGAAGCAACAGCAGCUCAAGAAUUGGUAUGAAUCUGUAGACUAAUGUUGCUGUGAGGAAGACGUUGGUUUGCCAAGUUUCUGCACAUCCCAAUCUUCAGUGAUUGCUGUCUGAUCUUCAGAGAUUAGUAUUCAGUCUUCAUAGAUUGGUAUCCAGUCUUCAGAGAUUGAUGUUUCUACUAAUCUGAGAUUUUUGUCUCUAUAUCAGCGUCAAGGGAAAAUUUGGGGAGUGUGGUAGGGCAUUCAUUAGACCUACAUAUCAUAGGAGUAGAUAUGGAACACUUUCUUUCCAAUGGGAAUGGCAUUUCAGUGCAGAAAUUGUAUCAAAGAUUCCAUCCAACUGUGAAUCAUCUAGUAAGAGUUGUGGGCUCCUCUUGUUCAAAGACUUGAGGUCCUAAUCCACGGAAUUUAAAAAUUCAUAAACGAUUUCGAUAGUUGAUUGAGAUUGCCAAAAUUGAUUGGCAAACACACAAGGAAGAAAAAGAACAGAUACCAGAAACAUUGAAUUGAUGGAUUCUUAUCCAUACAAUAUUCAUUUGUGAGCAAGAAUUCUUUAUAAAGAACCAUGCAAAUUUCUGAUUGACGAAAAUCACUGUUACUGAAUGAUAUUAAAAAAUUUGAAAACCAUUGUGUGAAUGAGGAGUUGUUCUUUAUUUACAGAUAUAGAGAUAUUCUUAUAGUAAUCACAUUUCCCAAUAUUAAUGAGUAAUAGUAAUAUUCUUACAUACGGUUAAUAUGUUUAGAUAAAAUAAAGAUUGAAUUCCGAUACGAAUGACAGAAAAUAUGAUGCUGUACGAGAAUGGAGAUUUGCAAGUUUGUGUAGAAAUACAAACUCUCUUGUCGUGUGACUGUGAGUGAUAGAACAUAACACUUGUAUGUCUCCAUGUAUACAUGAAAUAUUCAAAGGAGGUAUCAAUUAAUCAUCCUCAAUUUUUGUGAUUAAUGAGAGAUGAGCAAUCUACAGCAUGUUGUAAUGCUAUUCUUGCCAGAUAUCAACUUCAAAAUUCAUUGUAUUACGCGCAUUGUAUUCAUGAAUGCCCAAUCACAAUAUCUUUCUUACAUCAAAGUAGAAAUAUUUGGAAACAAAAAAUUAUGUGUUAUCGUAAGCCUGUUAAAUGAUACACAAUCAGAAAUGAAAAAUACCCUAAAAUGGCAAAUAAAGUGCCCCAUCAUAGCUGUGCAGAUUAAUGUGUUUUUUUAUGUAAAACUGCAUUCAAUGUGAGAAUGUUUCAAUUUGAAAUAAACAUACUGAUAAAUCCCGACCUACAUGUAAAUGUCUAUUUUCCCAUUAUAAAUAUUUUUUUUCUCCAUUCAUUAGUUUGAUGAAUUGAGCCAGAUAAUUCCAUGACUAUAUUUUGCUUUUAAAAGUGGAAUUCAGAAAAGGGAGAAAAAAAGUUAGGAAACAAGGUUGGUCCUUAAUUGUACCAGUCAAAUUACUGAGUGUGUAAUGUGAAUUGCUUUCAGGUGCUAGCUUUGAUUUAGUUUGUACAUAUCAACUGCAAUAAAGAAAGAGGGAAUGAAUUUCUAAUGUGUAUUUCUUAUGUUUAAAGAAUUAAGUAAAAAAUGAGUCUUGUAUAUAUUUCUCAAAUGAUUGCCAAUAUGGGGAGGAGACAUUUCCUAGAUGUACAAAUAUAGCAGUAUAAUUGUAAGAUAUAAAUGAAUGUGCAUGCUGUUAAGAGAUCUAAGAGACACAGAAUUAAUUGAUAUAUUUGUGCAUGUUAUCCCAUCCUAUUCAUUUGCAUGAAAUAUUUCCUGUUAUGUUGCAUGUGUCUCUCAUGGAUCUGCCAUAUAUUUCCAUGUUUGAUAAAUAUUUCUAUGAAAUUAAUUUGAAAUGGAUUAGAGGGCAUAUUGAUGCCAACAAGCUAUCUCAUUGAGUUGCCUUUCUUUUUUUUUGUAAUGUGGAGGAAAGAAAUAUUAUGCACAUCUCUCAAUAAGGACAAUCAUAUAUCGUUUAAUACCAGUGAGAAAACUUAGGGUCUUCCAGACGUAUUAGGUAGCCAUGAUAAAGUGUGUAAUACUUGAAUGAUAUUAAAGCCAUGUAGGGUUGAGCCCUUCGUGUUAACUUUUCUUUAUGAUUACUUUCAGAUAUAUAAAGCUGCAAUGUUUAUUAUUUGUUAAUAUGUAUCAUUCUAGAUUUUUAUUUAUCAUGUAUAUUUUAUGAGAGUUUAUGUAUAUCUUUGAACCUCUUUUUUCUUUUCUUGUUUGGCAAUUGGUUAUAAAAAUAAGAACUGCCUUGAAUCUAUAUUGAUAUAGUUCCCAUCUUGAUAGAAGCUGGAAAAAGAAUGUUCUUGAUUGUCAGGAGAUAUAUAAACAUGAUCUAUCACGUGUGUUAUGCUAGAAUAAUCCCGCCCCCUGCAAAAGACAUUUGCAUUGAGUCACCUUUUAUCUCAAGUUUUUUGGAAAAUCAUUUUUGGGGAUGUGUUGUAUGACUCGAUUGGCUAGUCACUGUAUUAAUGUGAUGGUCAGAUUUUAUCUCAACAUUGAAGCAACGAUGUUAGCGAUGAAGGUAGUGUUUUAGAUAUAACAUUGCAGUCCUGUUUUUUGCUCUCCUGGGAUAGUUCUAUGAAUCUGUUUUAAGUUACAUGUGCCUUUAGGUGCGACUGGUGACCAUUUCUUUUGCUUAGAUGAGAUACCCCAAAUAUUCUGCUUUAACGUAAAUGGGAGUGAAUUUUCUUUAACUCUAUUCAGACUUUGACGAAUAAACAAAUUACACUGGUAGGCCUGUUGACAAGAAUUAUUAAUAUGAAAUGAGUGGAUUUCAUAUUUAGCUGAGUGGUAUACAAGUUAAUGAGAGACUGAUUUAGCACAAGAAAGGGUCACUAGUCAUGCGUAACUUAGAGCAGCUAUACAAAUCAUAAGCCUGAACAUAAUAUAACUUUUUCAAGAACUAAGGUUUUGUUGCCAAAUAAACAAGUAAUGUUUUUCUCUCAACUUGUAUUCCAUAAGUGGGGAUUCCCAUUUUUUUUUCAUUCUUCAGCUCAUUUAGCAGUAGGCCUAUAGAUGAUUUGUAAAAAUUUACGCAAUUCACCUUUAAUGAUAACCUUUCAGGCUGCCAUAUCUGUACCCAGUGCCUUUAUUAAUGUGCAUUAUGUGUCGUGUGCUCAUUGAGAUAUUUGUAAGAUAUGUACUUUUCCUUUGAAAUAUCCCAAGCUGUCAUUAAAAAAAAUAAAAAAAUCCAGUGUUAGAAUACGAAGCACAACACUGUUGCACUCCCGAGGAUGGUACAUGUAGAGAAGAAUAGCCCUUGAAAAGACAUUGCUGCUGUUGUAUUUAAAAUGUUCCAUUGAACAUCUUGUCCUAUGCAGUGAAAACUGCAUUUUUCCCUUUUCAAAGCAGACAAUGUGCUUAUUCCAGAAGCCCGCUCAUGCAUAUAAAUGUAACAUAUAAAUACGUUGGGAUAUGAAACCCCCCAUCCCCGGACUCGAAUAACCCUGUAAGUGAUUUAUGUUCUUUUGACAAAUCAUACCAUGUACAUGAUACCAGAUACGGUACUCAAUGUAUGAAGCAUGAUUUCCUCUGUCAUCUUCAUUUUUUUUAAGUUAUCAUUUAAUGUCUACUUUUCAUAUCUUAUUUGACAACUCCCUCAACUGCAUAUUAAAUGCAAAUAAAAAAUACAUGCAAACUGAA